ACUUCCCCACCCAAAGAUUCCUGGGGUCUCACUCAGCAUGUGGAAUGGGGGACCAGAUCCUGGUCCCAGCCAGGCCCUCAUGUUGGCCUGGCCUUUGCAGAGUGGCGGGUAUGAUCUCAACCUCUUCGCCAGCCCUCCGGACAGCAACUUCCUGUGCUCUGUGUGCCAUGGGGUUCUCAAGAGGCCAGUGAGGUUGCCAUGCAGCCACAUAUUCUGCAAGAACUGUAUCCUGCAGUGGCUAGCCAGACAAAUGACCUGUCCGUGCUGCAGGAAAGAGGUGAAACAUAAAAAGAUGGUCCAUGUGAAUAAACUCCGGAAGACCAUUGGCCGCCUGGAAGUCAAGUGCAAGAACGCUGAAGCUGGCUGUUUGGUGACGUGCCCUCUGGCCCAUCGCAAGGGGCACCAGGACUCAUGCCCUUUCGAGCUGACGGCCUGCCCCAAUGAUGGCUGCACGGUGCAGGUGCUGCGUGGGGUCCUGGCCGAGCACCGGCAGCACUGCCAGCACGGUACCCGGCAGCACUGCCCCCUCGGCUGCGGGGCCACCCUGGGCCCAGCCGAGCGUGUACGCCACAACUGCUACCACCAGCUGCGUGAGACGUGGGGUCAGCGCCAGGAGCGUAGCCGGACCCUGGUGCUGUGCCUGCUACGGCGCAUGCGCAAGGUACACCACGCCACCAACCUCAUCCGCCAGCAGUUGGCCCAGCUAGGAGACUUCCUGGAGGACGACGCCCUGUUUCUGGGUGCUGGGCAAGAGGAGACUGAGGCCAACCCAAGAGGCAGCAGUAGGGCUGAGGUGUGGGGGAUCCAGGGCCAAAAUAUCUUGUAAAUAUAGGGGUAAAUAAACGUGAG